CUGAAUGUGCCAAGAAGGUGUAUGGCUGCUCCUUCAAGUGCCAGGAGACUUGUCACUGCUACAGGUUCAAGAUCACCCAAGACCACUUCUGUUGGUACAACGACAACAACAGUACAGACUACAACAUACAAGACACCAAGAAAGGUCACAACUCCAGGGACCACAUCAGAGUCAUGGACCACCACAUCAGAGUCAUGGACCACCACAUCAGAGACCUACACUACCAGACUACAAGGCCAGAGAGGACCUACCCUGAGACCACAAGGCCAGAGAGGACCUACCCUGAGACCACAAGGCCAGAGAGGACAUACCCUGAGACUACAAGGCCAGAGAGGACCUACCCUGAGACCACAAGGCCAGAGAGGACCUACCCUGAGACUACAAGACCAGAGAGGACCUACCCGGAGACUACAAGGCCAGAGAAGACCUACCCUGAGACCACCAGGCCAGAGAGGACCUACCCUGAGACCACUAGGCCAGAGAAGACAUACCCAGAGACCACAAAACCAGAGAUAUACACAACAACAACAUACAAAACACCAAGGAAGGUUACAACUCCUUCCUCUACGACACGUCCAGAAUACACUACAAAGCCUGAGAUUUACACAACCAACCCUGAGACAACUCCUGAAAUCAUGAGGACCACCACACCAAAGAUUAUUUACACGUCAUCAAAGACAACACCAGCAGUAACCACUGAGUGCCCAGACGAUAUGUACGACCCAUGUGCCUUCAGCUGUUACGACAUGUGCCACAGCAUGCGCCAGUCUGUCACGGAGUGUAAGUACGGUCACGACGAGACAUGCGUUCCUCAGUGCGGAUACCACAGAAAGUGUCCAAAGGGCUACUGCCUCAUCUCCUCCAAUGAAUGUGUUCGGGAAGUGGACUGUGACUGCCGCCUGGAGAAUGGAACAGUUGUACAGCCCAACACCAAAUGGAUGGAGGGCAAGUGUAUGCAGUGCUCUUGCGAAGCAAACAAGAUGGUCUGCAGAGACAUCUGUCAAGUGACCACCACCACACCUGUAACUGAACCAACUGCCACAACCGUUACAACAACAACAACAACAACAGCAAAAACAACAACACUGGCCACGACCACCACCACCAAGACUACAAGACCACCUCAUGAAGACAAGUGUUUCUGUUAUGGUUAUGGCAAGUGUGGCCACUUCGUCAGCUAUGACAGCUGUCACUACAACUUUGAUGGCAGGUGUACUUACGUUCUGACAAGGGAUAUGGGCAAACAGGAGUUCGAAGUGAUGACAGUUCUUGAUGAAUGCGGCUUCCCUGGAACCACAUGUCCAGUAGCUCUGAUUGUACGCUACAGGGACUGCGAGAUCAAGAUGGAGGCUGGUUACAAG